CCACAUUGCGUUCGGAUUUUGUCGUAUCGUGUCGGGUUGCUUUUACUGCCGCUGUUGUUUUUGUUGUUGUUGUUGCUGCUGGCUUCUGACUGCCCGUGAAAUCAGUGUUAUUGAUCAUAGGCUGCAUAAUCAAGUUGCAGACACUUUUCAUUAUGUUGCCAGUUGCCGAAAAAACAGAGCUACCACCAUUAAGAGCGACACCACUGCAACUGCAACUGGCUCUUCCAAACUCAACCUCAACCUCAACAACAUCGUCAUCAUCAUCAUCAUCGUCAUCGUCAUUGUUAUCGGCGCGUUCAUUAUCUUCACCACCACCACAACCGUUUCGUACAAUGACCAACAGGUUGCCUGUAUUUUCGGCUUCUGUAUUCAACUUCACCGCGCCUUGAGGGUUGUUGUAUUCACCAUAGGACCACAGCCAAAUGGUUCUGCCUGCGUUGGUGGUGUGGGCAGCUGAAGCGCAUGGUGGUGGUGAUGGUGAAUGUUGGUGAGUUUUCAUCUUCAGCUUCAACUUGUUCGUUUGUUCGGCAUUCGCUCGCAAUUCGCACUUGUGUACGGUCGUGUUUUCGCGUUGAAUCAAAAAAAAUAAAAAGCCUAACACAAAAUCUGUCGGAGUUCGAGAAAAAAAGUCGUGCAAUUGAUAUCAAUUGAAUGCAAUUUGCGAGUGCAAAGUAAUUCCAGUUAACUGAACAAAAUGUUUGCCUAAGACAAUCUCAAUAAUUCAUUUCGGGUCGCGUGUGUUUGUGGACGUGAACGUCAAUUAAUCAGAGUUUUAAGCCUGUGAUCUCGGUUCCAUCAACUCUAAUCGAAAACAUAAACAAAAGCAGUUCCUUCAUCUAAAGCCAUGGCCGACGAAAGUUUGCACACAAUGCCGUUGGAGCACAAUAUAGACUAUCAUAUAGUCACAUUGUUUGAGCGCUUGGAGGCGAUGCGCAAAGAUUCACAUGGGAAUGCCAUCAACAAUCGUCUAUCCAGCACCAUGCACCAGGCACCCAAGCGCAGCAUGCAGGCUGAGAUUCGUACUCUGGAGUUCUGGAGAUCCAUCAUCAGCGAGUGCUUAGCCUCGUUCCUGUACGUGUUCAUCGUUUGUGGCGCAGCUGCGGGCGCCGGUGUGGGUGCCAGUGUCUCAUCCGUGCUCCUGGCAACGGCUCUGGCCUCGGGGCUGGCGAUGGCAACGUUGACGCAAUGCUUUCUGCAUAUAUCGGGCGCUCACAUCAAUCCGGCCGUUACAUUGGCAUGUUGCGUGAUACGCAGCAUCUCCCCGAUCCGGGCUGCGAUGUACAUGACCGCCCAGUGUGGUGGAGGCAUCGCUGGUGCCGCACUGCUUUACGGUGUCACCGUACCUGGAUAUCAGGGAAACCUACAGGCGGCCAUCUCUCACAGCGCUGCCCUCGCUGCCUGGGAGCGAUUUGGUGUGGAAUUCAUACUGACAUUCGUCGUGGUGCUUUGCUAUUUCGUGUCCACCGAUGCUAUUAAGAGGUUCAUGGGCAAUUCCUCGUUCGCCAUCGGAGCUGCAUACAGUGCCUGCUGCUUUGUCUCGAUGCCCUACUUGAAUCCGGCACGCUCCUUGGGCCCAUCUUUUGUGCUGAACAAAUGGGACAACCACUGGGUGUAUUGGUUUGGACCGCUCGUCGGAGGAAUGGCCUCUGGAUUGGUGUACGAGCACAUCUUUAGCUCACGUCGCAGUGUGCGUCAUGGCAAGGGCAGCGUCGACAAUGACUCCAGUUCGAUACAUUCGGAGGAUGAGCUCAACUAUGACAUGGACAUGGAGAAGCCGAACAAGUAUCAGCAAUCCCAAGGCACCUAUCCACGGGGCCAGUCAAAUGGCGGCGCCGCAGUGGCAGCUCAACAUGCUGCCGCUAACAUGGCCCAAAUGGGUGUGGUGAAUGCUGGAGGCGCUGGCAACUAUUGCCAGAAUCUGUACACUGCUCCGCCGCUGUCCUCGAAGUAUGAGCAGCAACAGGAGCCGCUCUAUGGUGGCACUCGCUCGCUUUAUUGCCGAUCUCCCACUCUCACCCGCAGCAACUUGAACCGAUCGCAGUCUGUCUAUGCAAAGAGCAAUACGGCCAUCAAUCGUGACAUUGUGCCGCGGCCUGGUCCAUUGGUGCCGGCUCAGAGUCUGUAUCAGAUGCGCACUCAGCAGCAGCAACAGCAGCAGCAGCAACAACAACAACAGCAGCAGCAGCAACAGGCGGUCACGGCAGCCCAAUCGUCACAUCUCCAGAACCAGAACGUGCAGAAUCAGAUGCAGCAGCGCAGCGAGAGCAUUUAUGGCAUGCGUGGUUCAAUGCGAGGACAGCAGCAACCUCUACAGCAGCAACAGCAGCAGCAGCAGCAACAGCAGGCGCCUGUUGGCAUGCAGCAGCAACUGCAGGCAACGCCCCAGCUAUUGGCAGAGCAACAGCCACAACCACAGGGCUUCCAGCCAGUCUACGGAUCACGCAACAAUCCCACACCGCUAGAUGGCAACCACAAGUUCGAGCGUCGCGAUCAACAGCAGCUUUAUGGCAUGACCGGGCCACGUAAUCGUGGCCAGUCGGCGCAAUCGGAUGACAGUUCGUAUGGCUCGUAUCAUGGGUCUGCAGUCACGCCGCCAGCGCGUCAUCCCAGCGUGGAGCCAUCGCCACCACCACCGCCUAUGCUCAUGUAUGCACCUCCGCCACAACCGAAUGCAGCCCAUCCACAACCGAUUCGCACGCAAUCGGAGCGCAAGGUGAGUGCGCCCGUUGUUGUCUCGCAGCCUGCUGCCUGUGCAGUUACCUACACCACAUCGCAGGUGCCCACAACUGUCACGACUACCACGCCACAGCAGCAGCAACAACAACAACAGCAGCAGCAACAGCAGAUGAUGUUGCAGCAGCAGCACCAGCAACAGCAACAGCAGCAAGCGCAUCAGCAACAUUAUGGCAUGCUGCCAUUGCGACCAAACUGAAAGCGGCUCUCCUGGGGCCCCGUAACGACGCCGCCACCAACAACAAUACAAACGGCCCUCGCACUCCACCCCGCGGGCACAAUGACCCUGCACAACUGCAGCCUAGCCAAGCAAAGCAGUUUAUUCUAAUGCAAUCCCGGGCAUCCAAAGGAAUUCUACGUAAAGUCUUAGCUUUUAGAUGAACCUACACAUUAUCCAUCGCCCUUAAGACCAGAUAGUAUUAGGGAUAUAGCUACAGAUGUACAUGGAGAGAUAUUAGAUAGAGCUAUAGAUGUAGAGGUAGCUGAUACCACAUUGUAUUAUUAAUAUACUCUACGAAUACAGGAACUCACACCUAGCAGCAUGCAACAAUAAAAUUAGCCAGAAAUAAAAGAAGAAAACAACGAUUAAUAUAAGUAAAAUAGCAUACCUUAAUAAAAUCAGAUUCCUAAGAAUAUUGCAUUUAGAAUUCUGCAACUCUUAGACCAGAAGAAAGACAUAUACUUAAUAAUUAUUCAAUUUAGUAAGUGAACGAUUCUAUAUACAGAAAA